GCGUUUUAUAAUUUGAGACUCAACAUUUCAAGGUGAUCUACUUGCAGAUGCACUACGUUCGGCUAAAAGCGCCGAAGAACGACAAGGUAAUCAUAUUGUUCGCCUUUAUGUUUCAUGAUAUUAAAUGAAUAAAACUCAAGAAAGUGUCAUUUUUGGACUUCACUUUUCUAUCCAGUUUAUCAAAUAUCUUUGUAGACAGUUAAAAAGAGAAUUUCUUACCCCACUAAUUUUUUUGCUCCUACUAAUAAUUGUUACUGGUUUUUAUGAAUAUUCUGCCUAUCAAAUCGGAUUGAUAUCCUCCAACUUCUUUGAUGCUUUGACAACCAAAAAUUAUGACAGAUUUAUAUGGACUUUAAAAUUAUCAAUAAUGUAUAUAUUUUGCGGCUCUUUGGCUCUAGGUGUACAAAAUAUGGUUGUGGGACAGUUAUCGUUAAUAUUACGUGAAAUUUUAACCAAGAAUUUACAAAAUCUAUAUUUUAAACGGAAAAAUUACUAUGUUGUAAAUACUCUUACUGAUUUAGACAACCCUGAUCAACGUCUUACUCAAGAUAUCAAUUUAGCUUGUGACCUCCUGACCAAUAUAAUUGUAUCAAUAACUGUAAAUCCAAUAUUAGUCGUAUUCUAUACGUAUCUAUGUGUACAAAAAGCUGGUUGGUUAGGUCCAGUCUCAGCUUAUAUCCUAUUCAUUAUAUUUGCAACAAUUUCGCGAUUCCUCGCCUCUUGGAGUUCGCGUGCUUCAUUUGAACGUCAGAAACAAGAAGGCAAUUUUAGGUUUUUUCAUACAAAACUAAGAUGCUCAGUCGAAAGUGCUGCAUUUCUUGAUUUGAGUGAAUCAUUAAAUGCCAUUUCAACGAAUUCAUUCAAUCGGUUAUUUCAUGCUGUACGAGUUUUUAUUAAUCGUAAUGCUGUAGUAUUUUAUGUAACACAACUUAAUGCAUAUUGUGGUGGUGUAGUAAAUUAUGUCGCUCUUGGAAUCAUUCUGUUCAAUGGUCCAAUUCGAACAAUGUCAGCAUCUGAAAUCACUGUUCUUAUUAGUCAGACUAGUUUCUUUCUUCUUUAUUUAAUUAAUAAAUUAACAAAUUUAAUUAAUUUAUCUACUGAUAUUGCUCAAUUAGUUGGUGUUGGACAUCGCAUUGUAAACUUGGACAAAUAUUUAAGAGAAAUUAAUUUAUAUGAUACUCCAGCUGCUUAUAUCACAUCUUAUCAAACUCAAUGGUCAUUUAUUAGAUCAAAAAUACUCAGCCCCAUACACGAUAUCAUUGACAGGGAUAAUGAUAAUAAUUGUUUACUGGACGAUAUUGUUUUUCAAAUCAAUCAUGUAUCAAUAUGUAUUCCAUUGAAUCCUAAUAAUGUUUUAAUUCACGACUUAUGUUUAACUAUUAAAAAGCACGAAGCCCUACUUAUCACUGGUCCGAGCGGUGUUGGUAAAACUGCUUUAUUUCGUGUUUUAGCUGGUCUAUGGCCAGGUCUCAUUUUAAUGAAUAAUAAUUCAGGGAAUAAUAAUGCAAUCAAUUCAUUAUGUCAUUUCUAUCAGUCGGAUAAUUUCCGAGUUGUUUUUAUUCCACAAGUAUUAUACAUACCAUGGAUGACAAUUCAAUUAAAUAAUGAAUUUUACAAGUUAUUAACAAGUUUACAUUGUUUCAUGAUGGCAUCAAAUUCAUUAAUAUUAUCGAAUAUCCGUAGAGAACUACAUUUGUGUUAUUUACUAUUGAAUAUAGCAUAUUCUUUCGAUAGUCAAUCUACUGGUGGGCUUGAUACUAGAGCUACAACAUUUGAUAUUGACAAUUCUGAAACAAACUUAACUAGUCAUAAUUCUAGAAGAAAACAAAAUUCCAAAUAUUCAGUUUGUGAUUAUAAUCUGGAUUCUUUCGAAAAAGCCUUAAAUUUACUCGUUGAAUUUCGUCUUAUCAAAUUGGAACAAUGUUAUACAUUAAAACAAAUUCUUAAAUUAUAUUAUAACAAUGAAAAUAAUAAUGGUAAUAAUACUAUUAUUGAUGAUGGUAUUUAUUCUAAAAAUCAAUAUCAAAUUCCAUUAUUAACUGAUAUUUGUUAUAAUGGUUGUUCUGUUAGAACAGAGAAAUCCGAGUAUGAAUUCGAUUCGUAAGUUGAUAGAGAUGAAUGAUCUGUUUGGGCAUUUUUUUUUGUUCUGUGUAAGAAAAAUUGUAAAAUGUAGAUUUUAUUUGCAACUGUCAACCAAUACCAAGGUCAGGAUUUUCAAUACAAAUGUCAAGACAGUUCUACUGUAUGUGGCGGAAACCUGGAGAACUACGAAAGCCAUCAUCCAGAAGAUACAAAUGCUUAUUAACAGUUGUCUACGCAAAAUACUUCAGAUCCGUUGGCCGGACACUAUUAGCAACAACCAACUGUGGGUAAGAAUAAACCAGAUCAUAGCGGAGGAAGAAAUCAGGAAGAAGCACUGGAAGUGGAUAGGACACACAUUGAGGAAAGCACCCAACUGCGUCACAAGACAAGCCCCCACAUGGAAUCCUGAAGGUCGAAGGAAAAGAGGAGGAACAAAGAACACAUUACGCAGCGAAAUGGAAAUAGACAUGAGAAAAAUGAACAAGAAUUGGAUGGAAUUAGAAAAGAAGGCCCAGGACAGAGUGGGCUGGAGAAUGCUGGUCGGCGGCCUAUGCUCCAUUGGGAGUAACAGGCGUAAGUAAACAGUUAAUCAAUUAUUCACCCGGUGAAUUGCAACGAUUAACAAUUGCGGCUGUAUGUUUUUAUCAACCAGAUAUGAUAUUUAUGGAUGAAUCUACAAGUCAAUUAAGUGUAGCUGAUGAAGCACAAGCCUACAUAAGUCUUUCUAAAAGAAAUAUUACACCAAUUACAAUUGCACAUCAUAAUUCUGUUCGACAAUAUCAUUUGAUGGAAUUACAAUUAAUGUCUAUCGAUGAACAGACUACUGUUACUACUACUGAAACAAGCCAAGUGAAAAAAUGGAAGUUGAUUAAACUUGAGUAAACUAUAUAUAUACAUGUGCAAUCUCAUUAUUGUCACCGUGUUAGACAAUUUAGAUUAUUCUCUCCAUAUUUUGUUUAAACGUCAACUUAUGAGUUUUAGUCAUUUCUUCCUUUUCUGUUUUUCUUUAUCAUUCUCUAUGAUAUUAGUAGUAGAUUGUAAUCUUUUUAAAAUUAUAAUAAUAAACUUGACCAACAUGUAUUUAUCAUAUUUGUAACUGUUAGUGCAAUAAAUGCGUUUAUUGUUAUUUGUUUUAUGUGUAUAAUUCAUAUUACACAAAUACGUUUUCUCAAGUUCUUACGGUUUGUUGAGUCUGUUUGGUUUUUCAACAACAACAAAAAAGAAUUUCGGAUACCUUUAUAUUGGUACUUUAUGAAACUUGUAGGUAGAUUUGUUUCCUAAAAUAUUUUAUCAAUAACCAUCCAUUUUAUUCUGUAAUAUCGUUGAAAUUCGUUGCAAUAAGCUUACUGACAUCUCUUUAAUUUCUCAAUUAUUUAAC